GUUUCCUCAUGCCGCCUGAACGAGCCAAUGUCCCGGUGAAGCUGUCCCUGCCUCUGCAAUACCAGCAGGACAUCUUCACCGAACUGCGCGCGGAGGAUGAAUUGGUGGUUCUUGCUCGAGGCCUCGGCCUCCUCCGACUAGUGACUAAUUUACUUCACUUCUACGAUGCGGCCGGAAACAACCUUGUAUUGGUCGUUGGUGCUGACGAUCGAGAGAAUGAGUGGAUUGGAGAGGCGCUUGCGGAACACUAUGCAAUCAGUAAAACGCCUCUGGCUAGGGGUCUUAAGGUGAUCAACACUGAUAGAGCUACGGUUUCGAUGAGAGAGAAGCUAUAUGCCGCGGGUGGUAUUCUGAGUGUGACAUCCAGAAUACUAGUGGUGGACUUUCUGUCCAAGCUCCUCGACCCUUCGAAAGUGACGGGCAUGGUUGUGCUCCAUGCCGACAAAAUUCUUGCAACUUCCCUCGAAGCUUUUAUCCUUCGUGUAUAUAGAGAAGCAAACAAGACCGGAUUCCUCAAAGCGUUCUCGGACUCCCCCGAGCCGUUCACAACAGGGUUUGCUCCAUUGGCCACCUCCAUGCGGAAUCUCUUUCUUCGCAAAGCAUCGCUAUGGCCGCGCUUUCAUGUCACCGUUGCAGAGUCGUUGGAAGGCCAUAGAAAAGCCGAGGUGAUCGAGCUUGAGGUACCGAUGAGUGACAAGAUGCGGGACAUACAAAAUGCGGUCCUUGAGUGUGUGGAAAUAUGCAUUGGAGAGCUAAAGAAGGCGAAUACAGGGCUUGAUAUCGCAGACUGGACUCUGGACAGUGCUUUGCAUCGAAGCUUUGACAUUGCCAUUAGGCGCCAGCUUGACCCGAUGUGGCAUCGGGUGAGCUUCAGAACCAGGCAAAUUGUCAGCGACUUGUCGGAUCUGCGUUCUAUUCUCCAUGCCCUGCUUACCUAUGAUGCCGUUUCGUUUCUCAAAUUUCUCGACCUCAUUGUGACCGCCCAUACUCCGCCUCCCGGCUCUACAAGGCACAAUUACUCCCCCUGGCUCUUCCUUGACGCAGCUGAUGUGUUAUUUCAAACGGCUAAGGCGAGAGUAUAUCAAGGCAAAAUAAGCAAUGAGGUGGCUCGCUCAUCAUUGACUUCGUUUCCUACUACCCUGCAACCGGUUCUAGAAGAACAACCGAAGUGGGAGGUCCUGGCAGAAGUGCUUGAGGAGAUUGAGACCGAUGCAUAUCUGAACCCCUCAAAUGUUGACGAAUCAAACAGCACCGUGUUGAUUAUGUGCAGCGACCAGAGAACCUGCCGUCAGCUUCGUGAAUAUCUUGCAACAAUGCAUGCUCAUGUCGGGGACAGGAAGCGGGAGAGCUCUGACCCCGGUAAUGCUGUGGGUGAAAAGAAAGGCUCGGCUGAAGUUAUGAUGCGCCGAAGGCUACGAGAAUACCUAGACUGGAAGGCCUCUUUAUCCAAAGUCAGCAAGAAUCUUUCCUCUAAACCACCCAACGAAGACUCCAAUGGCGCAACGAGCACGCCUGCACCGGGAACUGUGAAUCCCAGAGCACCCGCGAACAAAAGACGUCGCGUUCGUGGUGGAGGUGCAGCAGCAGGCCCCGGACGAGCGCCCAACGCCGGCAUUCAAGUGGAGAUGGAACCCUCGGGCCAAGUCACGGCACUCCUAGAUGAAAUAAAGCCCACAGAAGUCGAGGAAACCCAGAAGGAAGAGAUAGUUGUGGAGGACUUGGACGACAUGGAUGACUAUUACGAACUAUAUGAUAUGAACGAUUUGAUUAUGAUGCACCCUUACGAUGGCGACAUGGACGAGCACAUCCUCGAGGAGGUUCGUCCACGGUACAUCAUCAUGUACGAACCAGACCCUGCAUUCAUCCGACGAGUCGAAGUCUACCGGAGCUCUCAUGUGGGCAGAAAUGUGCGCGUGUAUUUUGUCUACUAUGGAGGUUCAGUGGAAGAGCAGCGGUACUUGAGUACUGUACGACGGGAGAAGGACUCGUUCACGAAGCUGAUCAAGGAGAAGGGCAGUAUGGCCGUGACUAUCGUCCAUGAUAAAAGCCUAGAGGACCCCCAGGAGCAGUUCCUCCGGACCGUGAACACCCGCAUUGCAGGAGGCGGCCGACUCGCCGCAACGGCCUCACCACCCCGGGUCGUGGUCGACGUCCGGGAGUUCCGAAGCGCGCUCCCGUCCCUCCUGCACGGAAACAACAUGAUCGUGAUCCCCUGCCAGCUGACCGUUGGCGACUACAUCCUGACGCCGGACAUCUGCGUCGAGCGCAAGUCCAUCCGCGAUCUGAUCACCUCCCUGCGUAACGGCCGCCUCUACAACCAGGCGGAGACGAUGCUCCAGCACUACAAGAACCCCUUCCUGCUGAUCGAGUUCGACCAGAAUAAGUCCUUCACCUUCGACGCCUUCGCGUCCGCGACCACGCCCGGGACCUCCUUCAUGACGGACUUCGGCUUUUCGUCCUCCGGGACCAGCACCCUCUCCGCGAACAGCUCCCUGGUCAACCCUUCCAGCCCCAAGUCGGCGCAGCAUCUGCUCGUCCUCCUCACCCUGACCUUCCCCAAGCUGAGAAUCAUCUGGUCCUCCUCCCCCUACCAGACCGCCGAGAUCUUCGCCGAGCUGAAGAAGAACAACCCGGAGCCGGACCCGAUCCGCGCCGUGCAGAUCGGCCUCGACGUGGAUAUCGCCUCGUCGUCCCACACGACCGGGGACAUCAUGGCCGCGGCGGGCAUCGAGCACCGGACCUUCAAUCUCCUGCCUCAGGACAUGCUCCGAGCCGUGCCCGGGGUGAGCCCCAAUGUUCUCGAGCGGCUCAUCCUGGAAACGGAGAACAUCCACGAGGUUGCGAAUAUGAGCGUGGAGCAGCUGGAUCCGCUCGUGGGGAUCGAGGCUGCACGCAAGAUCGUCGGUUUCUUCCGGAAGAGCGUGUUUGAUGAUUAGUUCAAGACGCCCGCAGUACCAGGAUGUACAUCAUGAGUCUUUUGCAUCAGCCGCAUUUUUUGUAAAUAAAGCGGUAUGAAAGGGA